GAUCUGUUUUCAGAAAAAAAGGGCUGCUUCCGGCCGCGCAGUGUGUACAGUUCUGCUUAUGAUCAGUGAUUAAUCCGUUCUGCGAUUGACUGAGAGUCUUUACAGCGCCCCGCUUAGCAGACAACUACUUCUACUGAACGCUGAUCUUAGGAAGCGCCGGCAGGACCUGCAGUCAGAGCUGCUGAUAAUUUAAAACACGGGAGUAUAACACAGCCGCGAGUUGAGACACAGUGGAGGGACAGCAUGCCUUUCUUACAUGGCUUCAGGAGGAUAGUUUAUGAGUACCAGCCUCUUGUGGAUGCAGUGAUGUGUAUUGUAGGAACACAAAAGGAAGAAAAUCCUGAAAGGUCAGAUGGUGAGGAUCAAUGUAAAUCUCUCAUGGAACUGCUUGAGAAAGAGUCCCAGUCACCGGUGUUUACAGAGGGAAUCAGUUACUCUCUGUUUAAAGUGUCAGAACUUGGAGAAGUCAGUGCUGCCCAAGUGCUCUUAGCCUACGGAGCUGAUCUAAACUUUGAGGACCCGGUGUCCUAUUACAACCCAUUGCACAUUUCAGUGCUUAGGAAUAAACCACAUAUGGUGCAACUUCUGGUUGGACAUGGGGCAAAUAUUGACAAAAGGGAUAGGAUUCACGAGAGUAGCCCUCUGGAUCUAGCCAGUGAGGAAGCAGAUAGACUCCCUUGCCUCCGUGUGCUUCUGGAUCUUGGAGCUGAUAUUAAUGCGAAAGACAAAAAUGGGAAGACUGCUUUGCUUCAUGCUUUUGCCAGCAGUGACGGACUAACAGUUAAUAACACGUGCAACAUCCAGCUACUGCUGGAGAGAGGUGCUGAUGUGAACUCUGUCACUCUUGAUGGAGAGACACCCUUGUCCUCGCUUGUAUUUCUGGUAAAAGAGUCUCUGGAUGGGAGUGCAGAAGAUGCAGCACAGAUCGGGCGAUUCUGCACCCGAGCUGCAGCCAUCCUUCUGGACCACGGGGCCGAUCCAAGCUGUUGUCUGAGUGCUGGCGACGGAGAGCAGUGGGAGCCUUCUUUAACUCAGACCAGCCUGGAGCACUUUGACCUGCUUUUUCCUCUGGCUCUUCUCCUCCUUCAGAGAGGAGCCUUGUUUUUUUGCUCCAGCCAUGGCACGUCAUGCUGGACCGGUCACACCCUGAUUUUUGUUCGUCUGAAAGAGAUUCUGCAGGAACCUGUUGAUGCUGCUAAGGUGACGGAUCUGCUGGCAAAAGCUGAAGUGCUUCUGGAAAUUGCUCAGAUGUGCUCUCUGAAUUUCCCCCCGUUAUCGACCCUCUCUGUGUCAUCUGUUCAGGAGCUGGAGAUGGUUCCCCAGAUUCUGCUGGAGCUCCAGAACCGGCUUAGAGAACAAGAAGCCCAGCCUCUUCCACUGCGCCACCUGUGUCGGGCCUUUAUCCGCCACUGUCUGCAGCCCUGGCCUCUGGAGGACAAGUUACGGGCCUUGCCACUUCCGGACAGAUUAAAAGAUUAUUUGAUGCCGGAGCGCAGUCUGAUCCAAAGACCCGGGUGGGACAGCUUUAAGUCAUUGUCCACCAUUUGUUAACGUAUCAUCAUCUCCUGCCUCUUUUCAGUAACUGUCAAUCAGAAUUUAGCCCCCAGGCUUGAGAAAUAAAGACCUUGUUUAAAGAGGCUAUUUUGUUUUUAUAUAUAUAUUAUUUAAACCCCCUUUACACACUUACCAUUAAUGUAAACUAAUCCCAGAUGACAGGUAUGGCCUUGUUUUGCUCCCAAAACAGCCUUAAUUCUUUAUGGUGUGAAAAGGUGUUAAAAACACUGGCUGACUGAAGUGAAACCUGACAAGGUCCCGUGCUGUUGUAAUUUUUUUACUUCAAUGGUUAUUGUAUUUUACGGCCUGAGAUGCUUGUGUGCACACCACAGCUGUACACAUUGGUUAUUUUUUAUGUAGAUUUUUGUCCACUCUAACUAUCAUCCAUUGUCCGUCCACCAAUGAACUCCAUCCCCACUUCACCACAUCAGUGGGAGAAUGGACGAAGCCAUGUACCAUAAAUUCCUGAAUGACAACCUCCUUCCCUCCGCCAGCACAUUAAAAAUGGGUCGUGGCUGGGUCUUCCAGCACGACAAUGAUCCAAAACAUACAGCCAAGGCAAAAAACGAGUGGCUCAAUAAGAAGCACAUUAAGAUCAUGGAGCGGUCUUGCCGGUCUCCAGACCUUAAUCUCAUAGAAAAGUUAUGGAGGAAGCUGAAGCUCAGAGUUGCCAUGUGACAGCCUCAAAAUCUUAAUAAUUUAGAGAUGAUCUGUAAAGAGGAGUGGACCAGAAUCCUCCUGAUAUGUGUGCAAACCUCACCAUCAACUACAAAAAUCCUCUGACUGCUGUGCUUGCUAACUAGGGUUUUGCCAUCAAGUAUUAAGUCCUGUUUUCCAGAGAAAUCAAAUAAUUUUUUCAUAUAAUUUAUACAUUGUGAUUUUCUGGAUAAAAAAAAUACAGUUUACCUACCCCUGAACUUCUACACUAUUCAUGUCUAUGUCAGUAGGCAAACUUACAAAAUCAGCAGGGGAUCAAAAAAAAAAUCCUUCACUGUAUUGGUAGCUAUGUUUACAGAUGUAACAAGUUGAAUUUUGUGUGCAAAAAUACUGAACCCCUGUGACUUGUGUGAUUUUCUUCUGGGCAGUGCCUUAGAAAGAAGAAUUUACAUAAGAAAAUGUGUGCAUACUUAAUGGUGAUACUACUGUUUACCAUUUUGUUGUAAUUCAGUUAAAAGGAAACAUCUUUACAUAUAUUUCAUUGUUAGUGAUUAACUUUACCAUGGCUUUUGUUUAUGCCUAAUAAUGCAUCAUACAUUUUAUAAAGUAAACAUUCCUUGUGGUGAAGCCAAUUGAAAGUGUAAAAUGUAUUACUAAAAUGUAUUAUUAAAGUUUAAAAUUUUGA